AUGCCAAAGUGGUGUGAGAGGCAAAAGCAGAUGAAGCUUGCCUUGGUUCAACAACUUCAGCAUCACAAAACAUUGGAUUUGGAAGUGGUUUGCAAGGACACGACAAAGGAAGAGGUUGGGAUUUCAACCCCGCUGAGUCUUGAACGAGCUAUCCGGAAAUGUGCGAGGAUCAACUCCCCAAAUUCCCUGGAUUUCCUCUGCCCGCCCGCCGACUAUAGUUGGACUGGUUGGAUGGGAUUAGCUAUCGAUGACUUGAAAAAAGAAGUUACAAUCAAAACUGAAGCAAAGUGUGAUGGUCAAGGCUUGGCCGCUGACGUCCACCGCCGCGUUCUUGCGCAUCGUCUCUUUCGACACCGGCCAGAUCACUGGGGCAUUAUGAUCCGAGAUCACUCACCGUUGAACCAGCACAAGAGCUGUAGGGAUUAUCUUCUUCGAAGUGAAAUAAUGGGAAUCACUUCGAUCAUAUACCGCCAGAUGAAUGAAGUACGCUGGGAUCCCUCGAAAUCCAAAUAUACGGAGCCGGAAUUAAUAUACUCAGGUGGUCCUUUAAUCAUGGAUGCAACGCUGACGUUCUUCUUGGCCACGGUUGUGGCCUUUAUUCCCAGCAAAGUACGGGUGGUUCAGGCGACUUGCGAUCCGUCAAACGCAUCCACCUCCCUUACGUUCGCACUGAGAGCUCUUUAUAAUCUUAGCAUGUCUUGCUAUGACAAGACCACUGCUCAGAAGGUUCUGAAAUGGAUUUUUUGCCCGCCAAACCCGGCUCAGGGUCCGCGGAGAGGAAAGACAGCAUAA